CCUCCCAGGCGGACGGUCAUAUGACCGCGCACUUCCUGCAGACAGCUGGCGGAUCGGAGGCAGAGACGCUUGUCUGUCUCCUUUUUCCCCCCUUUUCGCGGCCUGCUUUCUCCCCGGAUCCGAAGAUGCUGGCUCUAAUAAACCGGCUCCUGGACUGGUUCCGGUCCCUCUUCUGGAAGGAGGAAAUGGAGCUCACCUUGGUGGGUCUGCAGUAUUCGGGAAAGACCACCUUCGUCAAUGUGAUCGCAUCUGGCCAGUUCAAUGAAGACAUGAUUCCCACAGUCGGCUUCAACAUGCGUAAGGUCACCAAGGGCAACGUCACCAUAAAGAUCUGGGAUAUCGGAGGACAGCCUCGCUUCAGGAGCAUGUGGGAGCGGUACUGCAGAGGGGUCAAUGCUAUCGUGUAUAUGGUGGAUGCUGCUGACCAUGAGAAAAUAGAGGCUUCCAGGAACGAGCUGCAUAACUUGUUAGACAAACCUCAGCUUCAAGGAAUUCCGGUUCUGGUGCUCGGCAACAAGAGAGAUUUGCCCAACCCGCUGGAUGAGAAACAGCUUAUUGAAAAAAUGAACCUGUCAGCUAUUCAGGAUCGAGAGAUUUGCUGCUAUUCUAUUUCCUGCAAGGAAAAGGACAACAUAGACAUCACACUGCAGUGGCUUAUCCAGCAUUCAAAGUCACGCCGAAGCUGAAGACCCCUGUUCUCAGUCCCACACCAGGCCUUGUCCACCAUAUCUGUCAUCGCUCCCCCAGUUUACUUUCUCUUUGUACAGUGCCCUCCGCUCUCUGCCUUUUUGAGCUCGAACCCAGCUCCUGUGAUGCUAAUGGUCUGUGUCUCCCAGUACAGCUUAGAUAAUCUUGAGAAAUGCCUUGUUCGCGCAGACAGGGUCGUGAGGAGCUUAGGCCGACAUCCCAUCAUGCAGCCCGCCUGCCAUUUGCCAAACUGUAGGUGUACCUCCUUUUCCUGUGGCCGUUUCCAUACUUCUGCACCAGGUGCAGGACCUGCUCAUGCCUUUUGAGAAUGACUGUGAGGUUUGUGCCAGCUCCAUGGCAGCACUGAGGGUCAGUGUGACCGCUUCUGUCCAACUCCUCAUGUGACGCGGUGCCAGAUGGCACUCUGCCGGCGUUUCGUCCUGCCUCCUUUUGUUAUGAAUUCUGUAGCUCAUUUUACCUGAGUCACACUGGAUAUGCUGUAGUUAUCACCUUGGAUGAUGACGAUAAACUGUUGAGCGAAUUCACCCAGCGUGCCGAAUUACCAAGAGAAAUGUCCACCUACAAUUUUUAGUGAAGUGAAACUCGUAUGACUACAAUUAUAAAUGUUAAGACACAGAUGUGAGGUACCGAAGUUGCACUUGAUGUCACCUUGGAGUGGUACGUGUCUGAGAAUGAUUCAGUCUAAAGUGCCUUGUGUGAGAUGAGAGCCCUGGGGGCAGACAGUGUUCUGAGUAGGGGUGCGUCUGUGUCUGUCUGUCUUUUGGAUGUAAAUGUGGAGAUUGAUGGGAUUGUCUAAGGAAAAUUUUUGAGAGCUUCAGAUGGAGUUUUUAUUUGUUUUGUUAUGUACAACUUUUUUUUCGUAAUUUUAUUAAACUCAGAAUAAAAUGUCUAUAAUGAAGAUAAUACUUUUCUUUAACUUUAAAGGUAACUUAAAGCGAGAACUUUGACUCAAAGCUACCUUAUUAGCAUGAACACUAUGUAAAAUAUUGGAUACACACAGACAGAUACAUGCACACUUCAGAUCAACGGCCCUGCUUUUUCUAAAAUGGACUCUUUCACUGUCAUUCAUAAAACAUCCCCGCAGAUGCUUCCUGCCCCUCUCUACAUGUGUUGUGACUCUUCUGGGUAUCACUGUUUUUCUUGAUCUACUUGUGUAAAUACUAUAAACUAACAAAGAGAGGCAUGUUCAUCGGUACAAAGCACAAGUUGGAGUGAAAUGCUGAGAGUCACUGCUGUGCAUGUCUCAGUUCAGGGGUUUAGUUUAGGUCAGUGUUUCCCGACCCAGACCUGGGGGGCAGCUGAGAGGGAACAGAAAUGCAGACUCUCUGGGGUCCUCAAAGACCAGGUUGGGAAACGCUGGUCUAGAUCAUGUCUAGAUUGGGCUUUUGGUCUGGAGUUUGAAGCUGCUUCCUUUGUUUUCUUAGUAUUUGUGGCAUGUUAACUUUUAUACGUGGAUGUUAAGUGUCUCAGGCGUGUGGGGGGGGGGGGGGGGGCUUUCUGAUUGCCAGGGUGUUUUUGGUGGCCCCUUUCUAAGCUAUCCCACCUGAUGGGCUCUUGGAUCCAGUUAAUGUUUCACAGAAGUGAAUUGUGCUUUGAUUCUUUCCCAGCGCUUUUGGCCCAAAGGACGAGAAGUUAAUGUUUUACCUUGACGAAAAUCUGAGUGGCUAUUGAUGGUCAUGGAAACUAAUUAUUAGAGGUACUUGGGGGUGGGAAGAGGGCGUUAACUUCAGAUAAUCAUUCCAGAUAAGCCUUUUAUGAGCAAAUAGAAUCUGUUAUAAUACCAAUGUCCUUUAUUCUUAACCACGUUGAUUCCCGGAUUACAGCUCCCUGUUUCCCUCAGAAGUAACCUCAGAGCAUAGUGAUGUCUGUCACUAUGGUUGCCUUUUAUUCUACUGUUUAUUGCACAUUUGAAACUACAGCAUUUUAAUUAAGGCCAGUGUCUUUCACAUGAUGGUGAUGAUUUGAAGAACUUCAUUAUACCAAAAACCAACUUGAAUUUUUGGCUCCACCAUUCCUAAGACUUUCCCUUAACCUGUACUAUUUAACUGCCUGAGAAAAUCUAACCUCUCCCCUUUUAAUUUGUCAUUAAUAUUUAUUAAUCUCAGGUGAAUGCAAAUACCUUACACCCCCCAAAAUGUAUAUUGGACCUUACGGGAGAGGUGCUUUGUUUUAACAAAAAAACCUGUGAUUUUUUUUUUUUCUCUUAACAUUUAAUGGCUUCUAAUGAGAAAGUAUUGUCAUAUCAGGAUGCCUCCAAAAGUGAAUCCAAGCUCCUUAGUUGAUAGUGUGAGUUGUGUUUGAAUCUGUGAUGAAACUGUGAGAGAGCAAGCUAUCGGCAGUCUACACCCUUAAUCCGUGAAAUUUCAUCUCUGUAUUUCAUCAGAUUUUUAGAUGGCCAGCUAUGUUCAGGCAGCACUUUAGCAUUUACGGAUAUUUAAAGCAUUUUCUUUUUGGUGAUGUAUGUGGACCUCCAUUUUGGAAAGGUAAACAGAAGGUCUUUCUGCUGAAAGAAGUAAUUACACCUGACUGCUGACUUUGCAUUUUAUUCAUCCACAUCUAUUGCUUUGGAUCAGUGACCUUCUGGAGACCUGUUCAUUUCCUAAAAGGGCCUGCAGGAUAAUGCAACAAGUGUUACUUGACAUCGGAGGGAAGGUUUGCAUGACUACAUUUCGAAACAUCUGGACAUGCCGACGUUCCCUACGUAAUAGAGGUUUCAGGGUUUGGGAGUCUUUCAAGACAUUUGAGGAAACUUAUCAAGAGAACUGCGCGUGUAGUGAUGAAGGAUAUUCUGGUUUUGCCUUGCAGAAAAGAGCAAUCACAUGCUGCAGUGUCGAAGCUUCUGAAUGUGUGUGUUCCUGUAACGUGUGCUGAUUGCACAUGUGAACAGGACCAUGUGUGCCCUCCGUCCAUAAUCAUGUGUAUUGUGGGGUCCGGUUACCGGGGUUAUCUGGUCUGAGCUCAUACUCAGUGUUUUGUUUACCCCCCAGCAAUAUGUUUUACAUUCUGAGGCUUUGACCCCAGUGGAACUUAUCUCUGUACAUUUAUGGCUGCAUGUGCUACCAUGAGACGUUCGAUGCAGACUUUGUAAAUAUGGAAAUAUUUUUAUUCAGCUUUUUGCCCAUGUCUGUGUUUCCUGAAUGUUUAUUGGUGAACCUUCAAUAAAUUUUCAGUUGUUGAGGGUA